AUGUCAGACACCGAAUCAGACUAUAGUGGUAGCCCAAGAGCGUUUGAUGGAGAAUCGACAUCGGAGAGCUCGAUCGCAAGGCUUGAUAGUGCCGAUUUCGAGGAAACCGAGGGAGGGGAAGUGCCAGAGGUGUCUACCGAUACGGUGAGCACUUCGAGUGUGGAAGUAGUGGGGACUGAAAACGCCCACCUAUCGACAUCUGGUCGUCGAAUGGGAGAGGCCGAGGCCGAUGUGUCAGUCGCCGAUCCUAGGGAAGGCGUGCUGACGAUGGUCACCGGCCGACAAAGGAUAAUGAUAGCGAAGCCAAAGGACCUUGUGUUCGGGGUGGACCACCUAAAGCCGAACGUCUUGACCGAGGCAGAGGUGGCGAAGAUCCGGGCCCUAUACAACAUACCAGAAUCGAUAAAGAUGCGGAUCCUAGGGCCGUUAGAGUCGCUGAGUAAUCCGAAGGGGAGGUGGUCUUCUUCACGGAUGUCUUCAAGCACGGGCUUCGGCUGCCACUGA